AUGAGCGCGUUUGAUACCUUUAAGUUUAAAUUUAUGAUAACUCUUCAAGUCCCAUAGUUCUUUGCCUCAUCUUGGACUUCAGUUCUGAAUAAUGAUAGAUUUGCUGGCCUAACUGUUAAACUGUUUCUAUCCCCAAGCCCUUUAAGACGUCUCUGAUCUGCACCAGACGCAGUUUAGAUCCAUUCCCUUAUGCUGAUCUCUUAAAUAACCGUGAAUUUCUCUCAAAGGGUUCGGUUGGAAGAUCUGAUCUCUAUCCCUAACUGACAUUUUUAAUUGUGUUUUGUUUGACACCUUAAAAACCCCAAAAUCUCAGAAUUCCUCAAGCGACAUCACAUAUUACGGCUACCAGCUUAAAACCCACCAAUUUCCCCCCGAGCUCACCUGUCCGUCCCCAUCAAAACAGAUAAAAGCUCGCUCUUUUACAACCGGCCAUAAGCACAUCGUUGAGUCCAAAAACUUAAACUUCAUCCAAGCGCCUCGCUUUUCAAGCGACUUUGACUGCUACGGCGUAAUCGGAGAAGGCGAAUUUUCAAUUGUUUACAAAGUUUUGCAGAGAGGCUCCAAUUCUUUCUACGCAGUUAAAAAAAUUAAAAGCAAAUGCAGAGGUGUGAAAGACCGCGAACACUUUUUAAAAGAAGUAAAAAAGCUUGCCCAUCUAAGUUCAGUGAUUUCUGACAGCCAGCGGCAUUUAGUGCAAUAUUUUGACUCCUGGGAAGAAGACCGGCAUAUUUACAUUCGAACGGAAUUAUGUGACACUUCAUUGAAAACUUAUUUAGCGUUAAAUAACUUUAUUGAAGAAAAUAUCAUUUGAAAAGUACUAUUUGAGGUCUGCAAAGGCUUGGAUUUAAUCCACAGCGAAAAUUAUAUACAUUUGGAUAUAAAACCUUCAAAUUUAUUCCUGAAAGAAAAUGUUGUCAAAAUCGGAGACUUCGGGCAUAUGAUAGAAGAGGGAUAUGAAGUGCUUAAUGAAGGCGACAUUGCAUAUGUAGCGCCAGAAGUGUUGAGUGGGUCUGCAAGUUUUGCUUCAGAUGUGUAUAGUUUAGGCCUUGUCCUUUUUGAAAUGUCGACGGGCGUUGUGCUACCUGAUUCUGGGAUUCCUUGGCACAAUUUAAGAACUGGGCUGAUGCCCAUUGAGUGCUUGAAUGUUUCAGAAAAAUUAAAAAAUUUGAUAUUGAGGAUGACUUAUCCAGAGCCAGAAAGCAGAAUUAGCAUAAGCGAAAUUUUGUGUAUGGAAAACCCAUUAGCGACGCCAAACAGCGCGAGAAAGUCAAGUAUGAAGCCUAAGACGGUUCCUUUUGAUUUUAGAAUCCUUGAGGUGGAAGAAAGCCCUUGUGACCAUUUGGCGAUUAAUUUGCUGAGCUCGUUUAAUGCAGUUUAA